CAAUUCUUCUCAUUCUUGAUUCUAUCCAUAACCUCGACAUCCGACAUUCAACAUCCUUCAUUUCAACCUUACAAAAAUUUCCAUUCCUAAAGCCGUUAUGUAUACAUAGCUAAUUUUUGACGCUUCAACGCGCUCCCAUCCUCAACUGUCUACCAUUAAUAUUUCAACAUCUGAGUCAUCUACGAAAUACCAUUCAAGAUGGACGAUGAAACCCCCCUUCUCAAGACCCAGCUCUAUACUGCAUGCGAAGAUGCAUGUAGUGGAGACCCCAAUAGGUUAUUCUCUCAGGAAGACUUGAUGGCCCUCAACGUCAUCCCGCCUAAAGAUGUGAAGAAGCUAUUACAGAUUGUCCAACUCUUGACCAGAGAGCGACUAUUCGCUCCGGUCCAUUUCCACAGUGGUCUAGCAUGGCGAGUCCGUCCUGAGGCUGAAGCAGUCAAAUAUAAAUCCCUAACCUCUGAGGACCAAGUCCUCGUCUACGAAAUCAUCGACGCAGCCGGCCAAGAAGGCGCGUGGCAGCAAGAAAUAAAGAAACGCCUCAAUCUUCAAGACAAUGCCUUGCGAAAGGCCCUCAAGGAGCUGGAAGCUAAGCGCUUCAUCCAGCAAUUUACCACCGUCGAGAAUACGUCCAAGAAGAUGUGGAUAAAAUUCAACCUUCAGCCCUCGGCUCGUGCGACAGGAGGCCCAUGGUACACCGACCAGUAUCUUGACGAGGCCUUCAUCGAUGUGCUUCAGACGGUGGUCGUACGCAUCAUCAAGGAAAGAGGUAGCUACAGGAGCACUGGCGAACGAAAACCCGGAAGCGUCAGCCCCGUUCUGCCAAAGAAAGGGAUCAUCCGAGGCGGCGCAUCCGAGGCCGCGAUGAAGAGUAAGAAGCGAACCGCGGACGCCAUGUCCCGAGACGACUCCGCUGCCCCUGCGCCGCCCCCGGCAUACAAAGUUCGUGGCACCGUCCGCCUCCCCUUACCGGCGGGUUAUACCGGGUACCCGACAGCCGAAGAGAUUACCACGGAGAUCAUCCAGAAGCAAGUAGCGAAGGGACAGCCGUUAAAGACGGAGCACGUCCAGGAACUGAUUGAUAUACUCGUUUGGGAGAAUCGAAUCGAGGCGGUCAAGAUGGGCGAACGGGUUGGCUACAGGGCCGUGCGCAUCUCGAAGCAUAACCCGGAGAUGGCGAAGCUAGACAGCGAGGAUUUCUGGGAACCGAGGACUAAUGGUUUGACGACGGUGCCUUGCGGUCAGUGUCCCGUCUUUGAACUGUGCGAGGAAGGCGGUCCUGUAUGGGCCGGAGGAUGUGAGUAUUUUGACAAAUGGUUGGCAUGAUCCAAUGGCAACGAAAGGGAUUGGUGGGUACUAUGGUUUUUAUUACAUGCUCUCUUUGGUCCCUCGGCUUAGGAGUAGCCAAGGUUGUUAUUAGGCAUUGCAUGGCAUGGCGCUUAACGGAAAAUAAACUUGAUAUCAUAAACAAACAAAA